GAGCCCGGCUGAUGCCCAGCCGCGCUAUCGGCAUAGACUGCGUAGAGGGGGCAAGAGCGGCGCCCCGCCGAGGCCGCUUGCCGGGCGCGUAAACUCGGCUCUAGUACGUAAACCGACGCGAGGUUUGCGCGUCGUGACGUCACCGAAUGCCACGUUAGACGGCGAGGCGAGAGAGCGUCAUCUUUUCGUGACACUAAGUAGUAGAGACCGGGCCGCGUUAUCGAGAGGUUCGUUGCUCCAGAAGAGUCUCGAACGGAGACGCAAGGUGUGCCGUGCCAGCACGACUCGCAGAGGCCAACGGGGACCCGGCCGACGGCCAUACUGUUGACAAGAUGGCGAUCAAGGGAAACCUAGCGACCGAGCAUGGCCGCUCCGAUUCGUACAGGGUCGCCACGUUGCCCAACAUUCGCGAUGACAACAAAACCGCCGACGGAAUGUACAAGUCGCGGCGGAAGAACCCAAAGCGGAGGGGGGACAACUUGGACGACUUGAAGCAGGAGUUGGACAUCGACUUCCACAAAAUCUCCGCGGAGGAGCUCUACCAGCGAUUCCAGACACACCCUACAAACGGCCUUAGCCACGCGAAAGCAAAGGAGAACUUCGAGAGGGACGGGCCGAACGCGCUGACGCCUCCGAAGCAGACGCCAGAAUGGGUCAAGUUCUGCAAGAACCUCUUCGGGGGCUUCGCUCUCCUCCUGUGGAUCGGCGCGAUCCUCUGCUUCAUCGCGUACUCGAUCCAAGCCACGACGAGCGAGGACCCGAACGACGACAACCUGUACCUGGGCAUCGUCCUGGCGGCGGUGGUGAUAGUGACGGGCAUCUUCUCCUACUACCAGGAGAGCAAGUCCAGUAAGAUCAUGGAAUCGUUCAAGAACAUGGUGCCGCAAUUUGCGACCGUCUUGAGGGAGGGCGAGAAGCUGAACCUGAGGGCGGAAGAGCUGGUCCUGGGCGACGUGGUCGAGGUCAAGUUCGGCGACCGGAUCCCGGCCGACAUCCGGAUCAUCGAGUCGCAGGGCUUCAAGGUCGACAACAGCUCGCUGACCGGGGAGUCCGAGCCCCAAUCGAGGUCUCCGGAAUUCACGAACGAGAACCCCCUGGAGACGAAGAACUUGGCAUUCUUCUCGACGAACGCGGUCGAGGGCACGGCCAAGGGCGUCGUGAUCUGCUGCGGCGACAACACGGUCAUGGGCAGGAUCGCCGGUCUGGCCUCCGGCCUGGACACCGGCGAGACCCCCAUCGCCAAGGAGAUCCACCAUUUCAUCCACCUCAUCACCGGCGUCGCGGUCUUCCUCGGAGUGACCUUCUUCGUCAUCGCCUUCAUCCUCGGCUACCACUGGCUCGACGCGGUCAUCUUCCUCAUCGGUAUCAUCGUGGCUAACGUGCCGGAAGGUCUGCUGGCCACCGUCACGGUGUGCCUUACCCUCACCGCCAAGAGGAUGGCCUCCAAAAACUGCCUGGUCAAGAACCUCGAGGCCGUCGAGACUCUCGGCUCCACCUCGACCAUCUGCUCCGACAAGACCGGGACCCUGACACAGAACAGGAUGACGGUGGCUCACAUGUGGUUCGAUAACCAGAUCAUCGAGGCCGACACCACGGAGGACCAGUCCGGAGUCCAGUACGACCGAACCAGUCCUGGAUUCAAGGCCCUCGCCAAGAUCGCCACCCUCUGCAACCGAGCCGAGUUCAAGCAAGGUCAAGAGAAGAAGCCGAUCCUGAACAGGGAGGUGAACGGAGAUGCGUCCGAAGCUGCGCUUCUGAAGUGCAUGGAACUUGCCCUCGGUGACGUGAUGGGCGUCAGGAAGCGCAACAAGAAGGUCUGCGAAAUUCCGUUCAACUCGACCAAUAAGUAUCAGGUCUCCAUCCACGAGUCCGACGACCCCAAAGACCCUCGACACCUUCUGGUGAUGAAGGGCGCCCCCGAGAGGAUCCUGGACCGGUGCUCGACCAUCUUCAUAGGUGGAAAGGAGAAAGUCCUCGACGAGGAGAUGAAGGAGGCCUUCAACAACGCUUACCUCGAGCUCGGUGGUCUCGGGGAGCGUGUCCUCGGGUUCUGCGACUUCACCUUACCAUCCGACAAGUUCCCCGUUGGGUACAAGUUCAACUGCGACGACCCCAACUUCCCAGUUGAAGGUCUCCGCUUUGUGGGUCUCAUGUCCAUGAUCGACCCGCCCAGGGCUGCGGUGCCGGAUGCGGUGGCCAAAUGCCGAUCCGCUGGUAUCAAGGUCAUCAUGGUCACCGGCGACCACCCUAUCACUGCCAAAGCCAUUGCCAAAUCCGUCGGCAUUAUCUCUGAAGGUAAUGAAACUAUCGAAGACAUCGCCCAGCGCCUGAACAUACCUGUAUCCGAGGUGAACCCCCGCGAAGCCAAGGCUGCCGUGAUCCACGGAACCGAACUCAGGGAACUCAACUCCGAUCAGCUGGACGAGAUUCUCAGGUAUCAUACCGAAAUUGUGUUCGCCCGAACCUCGCCCCAGCAGAAGCUCAUCAUCGUCGAGGGGUGUCAGCGUAUGGGUGCCAUCGUGGCUGUAACCGGCGACGGUGUGAACGAUUCCCCGGCCUUGAAAAAGGCGGACAUCGGAGUCGCCAUGGGUAUCGCCGGGUCAGACGUCUCGAAGCAAGCUGCCGACAUGAUUCUGCUGGACGACAAUUUCGCCUCGAUCGUCACCGGUGUCGAGGAGGGACGUCUAAUUUUCGAUAACCUGAAGAAGUCCAUCGCCUAUACCCUCACGUCCAACAUACCGGAGAUCUCGCCUUUCCUGGCUUUCAUCUUGUGCGACAUCCCUCUGCCGCUCGGUACCGUUACCAUUCUCUGCAUCGAUCUGGGAACCGACAUGGUGCCGGCCAUCUCACUAGCCUACGAGGCACCGGAGUCCGACAUUAUGAAACGGCAGCCCCGCGAUCCUUACAGAGACAAUCUUGUUAACCGAAGGCUUAUCUCCAUGGCGUACGGACAAAUUGGCAUGAUCCAGGCCGCUGCUGGGUUCUUCGUGUACUUCGUCAUCAUGGCUGAAAACGGCUUCCUCCCGAUGACCCUCUUCGGCAUCAGGAAGCAAUGGGACUCCAAGGCCAUCAACGAUCUUACCGACAGCUACGGCCAGGAAUGGACAUUCAGAGACCGUAAGACGCUAGAGUUCACAUGUCACACGGCAUUCUUCGUAUCCAUCGUCAUUGUACAGUGGGCGGAUUUGAUCGUCUGCAAGACUCGCCGCAACUCCAUCCUCCACCAGGGAAUGAGGAACUGGGCCCUGAACUUCGGUCUGGUCUUCGAAACGGCCCUCGCCGCGUUCCUAAGUUACACCCCGGGCAUGGACAAAGGUCUUCGCAUGUUCCCGCUCAAAUUCGUCUGGUGGCUGCCCGCCAUCCCGUUCAUGUUGGCCAUCUUCAUCUACGAUGAGACGAGACGAUUCUACCUCCGCCGGAACCCCGGUGGCUGGCUCGAGCAAGAAACUUACUACUAGACACACGACACGAAACACGCCGUAUACCCACGCAGAAGAACACACCCCCAAAAGUCACUCUCUCUCACACACACACGUUUAACAUACGGGGCGUGCUACUGGGUCUAUCCGUACUGUCGCGUGGAUGGUCGGCGGACAUUAAUUAGCCGAGUCGCUUGGCAUUAGGUAUAUUAUCGCAUCGAAUCGAGCGACCUCGUCGUCGCCGUGGCUACAGGCUGCGAAGUGGUCGACGUGGGGCGACGGGGCCCAGGGUACGUCAGGACUCUCGCGCGUUUAUCUGACACUGUGUGUGACGUAUCAGGCACCGCCACGGUCCCCGUAGUCCGCGUGGACGCUCGCCCGAGCGUCGGCCCGAGGAGGAACGUCGACCCAAGGGAGACGCUCCCCCGGGUGGAGGUCCCAAGCCGGAAGUUCCGUCCCUCGGAAUUAGUUUUGAGAGCCGGCACUCGAAGAAGCGGAGCUGGACGCGGAGUCGGAGGCGAACCUGGAAGCGGAGCUGGACGCGGAGCUGGAAGCGAAACUGGAAGCGAGGCCGGAAGCGAAGCCGGAAGCGCAGCCGGAAGCAAAUUGGAAAACGAGCAGCAGGACCGGACAAGGACGGAACGGAUCAGAAUUGGAACGGGACGCGUCGAGGUGUGAAAUCUUCGGACGGGCCUAAAAAUGCGGUUUCAACGAGGGGACGCGUCGCGACAAAAAGGUCGCGUCGUGCCGGAAGGCGAGAGCGAAAAAGAGAGAGAGGGACACAGAUGUAUCUAGGUAGAGCGAAUCCAGAGUAGGAUGACGAGGGGGUCGGAGGGGGAUUGACGAAGGAGGUGCGGAUGCGCAAAGGCGAGGCGGAGAUCGCCGGGAUUAUGGAGGCAGAUCAUGUAGGCGUCUUGUGAUAACAAGAAAUCUUCGUAGCAACCUAUUAAUCAUCGAUCGGUAGAGAAUCCAGUACGCUAGAUUGGCACGCCCUAGGCUAAAUAAAUGGUGGACCCAGGAUAAUAAAAGAGCGUAAAUAACGGUUAAUAUGCUAAACAACGUAAGCGCUACUACGAAAGCGAGGAGCGGAGAGGAAAUAAGAUAAAUAAAAGAACAAAAAAAUACCUAAAAAACACAGUAUAUAGACGUCUCGUGACACCAAGAAAUCUUCAUAGAACAACCUAUUAAUUAUAAUUCUAACGACGAGGAGGAACCAGUACGCUAGAUUGGCACGCCCUAGUUAAAAGAAACGUAAGAAGACAACAAAAAAAAAAAUAUACGAUGAAGUUAUUAUUAAAGGAUAUUAAAAACAGGAGGGGAGAGAAAAAAAAAAGUAACACAGACACACACACGUAACUAAUUGAGAUAAAGAAACGCGUUUGCAGUAUUCAUUAUUAUUAUUAUGGAUAAUCGUUCGGUUCCAGUCUUACUCGAGUAGCUACGGUCAGGUCGCAUCGCGUUAUAUACUUCAGUAGUGGAGUUCUCGGGGAAGAUCACCGGAAAGGAGGAACGGAAACACGGGAUGGGAGCCACGAGGCCACAAGGACAGAGCACGUUUGGCAGAUUCCGAGAGAGAGAGAGAGGGAGGCAGGCGAGGAAAAGGCGUGGGUCGGGGGUGGAACGUCGAGCCGAUCGACCGGACCGGAUAUCAGCGGACACCGUCCGAGGAAGAUCCUGACCGAUGACCGUCGCGUCCUCGUCGCGACGAGAGCCGGCCCUGGAUAGGAAAGACCGCGUCGAAGUUCUCUCCUGGCCAGGAUCCAAGGGAGAGGACGACGUCAGGGAGCAGGGCGCACCACAUUCCGAGGCUGACGGAUUCGAGGAGACGGAUGAAAGAAUCAAUAAACAACCAAACAUGUUAUUAACGCUAAUAAAGAUUUUACGAUAACGAAAGAAAAAAGAAACAGGAGAGAGGGAGGAAGGGAGCGAGGAGGAGCAAAAGCGAGAUGCCUGACUCCACGGAGUUCGAGGAGAGCACGAAGCGGCGAUGGGACGAGGUUGUUGGGGACUGGGUGGGUGGGGAGGGUGGGGCAAAAGUAACACAUUCUUACGUAGGUGAACUAAAGAGUAAACGGUAAAACAUCCAUUCUCUUAGGUUUCUUUUCAUAGGUUAAAAGCGCCCAGCGGGCCAGAGCUCGCUAGAAAUCAUUAUCGAGCCCCGGAGCGCCGAACGCCCUGUUCUCAACCCGAGGCCGGGGGUCCCAGGGGACGAGCCGCGCGUUCACCCAUCCGGGCGUACACCCACACACGCGAGACGUACACGAGACGCUCUCGAAGAGAUACACCCGAGACUCGACUUAAUAAUGCCUGCCACGCGACUUUUGGGGCCAGGACGAGCGGAGGACGAGCAGGGGAAGGAGCGAGCCUGCGGAGAGAGUCCGGUCGGCCGUAGAGCCACCCUCGAGCGGACGGAUCCACCAAGGUCUCCCACCGUGAAUCCACCGGAAGCGUUCGAUCCACGGCCGGCCAAGUCCCUACUCUCGCGGCCCCCGGGUCCACCCGGGGGCGCGCGCGGUGGUUCGCGGUGGGACAAUCGGCAGCGGGGGACGCCGGGGUCGACCGCAGGCGACAGGCCCAAAAACUACCCAAAGUGUUCAUUAUCCGAGACACGUCCUCGAGGUGUCAUCGCACGUGCGCGCGCGUCAGAGAUUCACGUCCUUCCGUCGCCCGUCUACCCGUCGGACGGACCGCGGGCCCGCGAGGCCCCGAGGUCGCCUCGAGAUAUGUUCCCUUUGUUUUCGGCGACCCGGGACCCGGCGGGAUCCGAACCCGCGGCAGCGAGGAGACCGGGGGCGCGACCUCCCCGCCGAGGAAGCGCCGUCGGUCCGGCGCAGUCCCGAGCGAUCCCGGAUACCUCGGGCUUCCGCUAGCUUUCUUCUCGUGCGUGCCUAGAGAGAGGUGUCGGAGGGAGGGGACCGGUACCCCUGAAACAGGGAACGGGGGGGAUCGACCCUCGAGCGGGCGAGGUUGUCUACAGGGUGUUCCGUGCCGGGGGACGUAGGAGCCCAAAAUGCUUUGCCGUCGUGCGCCGCCUCUCACUUUAGGCUAAUUAUUUAAAUAUUAAUGAUAUAAUAUAAUAUAAUAAUAAUGAUAAUAUAAUACAUGUUACAGUAAGAUAUUAUUAGAUGUAAUUAUUAUAUAUGGUUAGUCUAGAUCGUGUUGUUGAUGAAAAAAAAAGCAAACAAACUACGUAUAAGCGAGAACAAAAAAGAGGGGGAGAGAGAGAGAGAGAAAGAGAGAGUGAGUGAGAGAGAGGGGGGAGGGAAAGGACGAAGGGCAACACGGCGAGGGGAAUCUCGGUCUAAGACCACGCGGCGGACUGAGCGGGACUGCACGCACGCGUGGGUCGACGCAUCGGCCGCGAGGCGCGUAUCGAAGUCGACGAGAGACGCCGCGACCGUCCUCCCUGGGGGGCGGGGCGCGAAUGCGGGCGCGAGGCGAGCGUCCCCCUCGCGGAGCGUCUCGGCGACGGGCCCUCUCUCCGUUGCCUUCGAAUUUACGCGGGGCCGAGCGGCCGACGUCAAGGAAUUAGGAUGGAGAGCGAGCGAACUGGGGGAAGGAAGGAAGGAGAGAGUGGGAGAGAGAGAAAGAACGAGAGGGUGACGAGGAGAGAGACUAGGGCGAGGACGGCCUCCGCGGAAAUUCAGUCGGAUCUACGAACGGGAGGGUGAGAGAGGAAUCGAGAGCGUGAGCGAGAGAAAGGGAGAAGAAAAGUGGGCGCGCGUCGGGUGCAUGUGAAAGGGAGAGAAAGAAAGGGUGCGAGGGAUGAGCGAGAGAGAGAAAGAAGACGAGAGCUCCGUGGUGUCACGAGAACGAAGGGUAGACGUCGGACCCUGCGCAGCCCGCCAUACAUGACAGAAUCAUUGAAUGAUUAAAAUAAAAAAUUGAAUAAUGUUUUAUUAAUAUUGUACAUAUUUUAAAUAAUUGAUGAUGGACAGACAGAUCGCGCGUAACCGGGAGACCCGCGAAGGCGCUCUACUUAAGAAGACCGCCUUUGGGAUUCACGGGGUCCCUACUCUUUCUUGUGUUUUUCGUUUAGCGCAACUUAACACGUAUACACCCCCGCAGUGCACGCGUAUCGAGCCGCACGCAGGAUUCAUGCGCGAGCACUCGACGCGUACGUACACCCGCCCACGCGAUUUGUCGUCGAAUUAUGCGCGCGCGUGCUCGCCGAUUAAUAUACAUACACCUACACGAGGAGACGAACACAUACCACUCACCGCUCUUACCUACUAUCUCUUAUACCUUCUGAUUGACGAUUCCUUUCGUAUGUUUAUCUGUAAGUUCUGUUUUCACCCGCGAAUACAUUAAGGAUGAAACGAGAGACAUUGUCCAACCCAAGUGUCAUUACUUUUGAUGUUAAAUAAAAAAUACAUAAUUAUUA